AUGGAAGAAGACGAAGAAAAGAAACUCUCCAAAGAUUCUAAUGUUGAGAACAGAUUAGAUGCAUUUGAUAUAGGGAACCCUAGCUUUAUUGUUAAUGAAGAUGCUAAUGAUGAAGAUCUGCAAGGGACUAGUUUAGUUGACGCAGUUCUUAACGAUGACAACUUCGAACAAGUUUCUCUAAAAGAAGAAACGUCUCUUUCAUCAACAAGUCUAGAUCCUCCGGUUCAGUCCCCACAUAGACCCAAUCCAAAGGAUACAAUGCAAAACGUUUCUCCAGAGUUGUUGCAUCUUGUUGAUUCUGCCAUCAUGGGCAAGCCUGAAAGCUUAGACAAGCUAAAAAACCUUGUCACCGGUGUUGAAAGUUUUGUGUCUGGAGAUGAUGCAGAGACUAUUGCUUUCCUUGUUAUUGAUUCUCUUCUUUCUACCAUGGGUGGCGUUGAGAGCUUUGAAGAGGAUGAAGAUAGCAACCCACCUAGCGUGAUGCUCAACUCUCGUGCAGCCAUUGUUUCUGGCGAGCUUAUCCCUAACCUUCCUUGUUCUGGUGACAAUGUCGGCUUCAUGUCUCCUAGGACACGCAUGGUGCGAGGCUUGCUUGCGAUAUUACGUUCUUGCACGAGGAACAGAGCUAUGUGUUCGAUGGCAGGACUGUUAAGUGUUCUCUUGGGAUCAGUAGAGGAGAUACUCUCCAAGGAUAGCAAUAUGAAGUGGAAUGCAUCAGCUUUGUUGCACUGUGUUCAACACUUAGCUGGACACUCACUUAGCGUUGAAGAUUUGCAUAGAUGGCUUCAUGUUAUUAAAGCAUCUCUUACAACAGUGUGGUCAAGCCCCUUGAUGGAUGCUUUGGAGGAGGCAAUGAGUGGGAAUGAAUCAAGAGGACCUUCAUGUAGCUUUGAGUUCGUUGGUGAAAGCUCAGGGCUACUUGGUCCUGGAGAAACUCGUUGGCCUUUCACAAACGGCUAUGCAUUUGCUACUUGGAUUUAUAUUGAAUCAUUUGCUGACACACUAAACGCUUCAACCGCAGCAGCGGCCAUAGCUGCAGCUUCAGCUGCUAAAUCAGGUAAGACUUCAGCUGCUGCUAAUGUACAUGGUGGUGAAGGUACUGCUCAUAUGCCACGUCUCUUCAGCUUCUUGACUCCUGAUAAUAACCAAGGAAUCGAAGUGUACUUCUAUGCACAGUUUUUAGUAGUUGAGAGUGGUAGUGGGAGAGGAAACAAAGCUUCACUUCAUUUCACUCAUGCGUUUAAGCCUCAGUGUUGGUACUUCAUUGGCCUUGAACAUACAUGCAAAGGCCACUUAGGGAACUCAGAGAGUGAACUGCGUCUGUAUAUUGACGGUUCCUUGUAUGAGACUCUUCCUUUUGAGUUUCCUCGUAUAUCUAAACCACUUUCUUCUUGUUGCAUUGGGUCAAACCCUCCUCCUCCUACUACAUCUUCUGACCGUCGUCGGCGUCAGUGUGCUUUGUUUGCUGAGAUGGGACCAGUUUAUAUAUUUAAAGAACCCAUUGGUCCUGAAAGAAUGACAAGAUUAGCAUCAAGAGGUGGUGAUGUUUUGCCUUGUUUUGGCAAUGGGGCAGGUCUUCCAUGGUUAGCUACAAAUGACCAUGUCCGUAAUGCGGCAGAGGAAAGCAGUCUUUUGGAUUCAGAGCUUGGAGUGUACAUUCACUUACUUUAUCACCCAUGUCUACUGAGUGGUCGGUUCUGUCCAGAUGCUUCUCUGUCUGGAGCAGCAGGUACUUUAAGACGACCAGCUGAGGUAAUUGGGCAAGUCCAUGUUGCAACCAGAGUGAAGUCAGUGGAGUCUUUCUGGGCCUUAGCUUAUGGAGGACCCAUGUCUUUACUUCCAAUAACCGUUAGCAAUGUGUGCAAAGAUACUCUUGAGCCAUCUUCUAGUAAUCUUCCAUUGUCUUUGACAACAUACUCUCUUGCUGCAUCUAUCUUUAGAAUCAUCUCAGUUGCUAUUCAACAUCCUGGGAACAAUGAAGAGUUGUCUCGUACUCGAGGCCCUGAGAUUCUAGCCACAAUCCUAGGAUAUCUUCUUCAGUCACUCUCAUCACUUGAUCUCAACCCUGAUGGAGUAGAAGAUGAGGAGAUAGUUGCUUCGAUUGUUUCGGUUUGUCAAUCUCAGAAAAUAAACCAUGCACUCAAAGUGCAGCUUUUGCGGACACUACUAUUGGAUCUAAAGAUAUGGAGUGUGUGCAAUUACAGACUUCAGAAGAAGCUCUUGUCAUCUCUUCAAGAUAUGGUCUUCACUGAAGCGGCAGCUAUGAGGAAUGCUGAUGCUAUUCAGAUACUUCUUGACGGAUGUAGGAGAUGUUACUGGAUGAUUCAUGAGAAAGAAUCUGUGAACACUUUUUCUCCAGAUGGGGAUGAUGUGCGUCAUAUGGGGGAAGUUAAUGCCUUGGUUGAUGAGCUUUUGGUUAUUAUUGAACUCCUAAUGGGAGCAGCAUCUUCUUCUUUUGCUUCUGCUGAUGUUCAUCAGUUACUUGGCUUCAUAGUAGAUAGUCCACAGCCAAAUCAGGUGGCAAGGGUAUUGCAUCUCAUGUUUAGGUUGGUUGUACAGCCAAAUGCUGCAAAGGCUCAUACAUUUGCAGAGGUAUUUAUAACUUCUGGUGGGAUAGAAACACUUCUUGUUCUGCUGCAGAGAGAAGCUAAAACAGGUGAUGACAACGUUGUAGAAUCUGUGGCUAGGGAUAGAACAAGUGUGGCGACUAAUCCUAGUGAACAAAGUCAUCACAAUGGGCCUGGUGUAGUAAAGCAGUUGGAUUCAGUUCCACAAGACCCUCGUGCUCAUGAUAGUAAUGUAGAAUCUUCGAAGGACACAGAGUCAGUUCAACAAGGAUCUGCCAGUGUCAUUUGUGAUAGUGACUCAGUUACAAGCCCUAUUUCCAUGAAUAUUGACAGAACUACAUCCUCUGUUUUUGAAAAUCCAUUCAGUAAUAAGACAAGGAUCAAUACAAGAAACAUUGAUGACAGUGACCGUGUUGUAGUUGGGAUCAUUAGAUUGAUAGGUGCAUUGAUUACAAACGGGCACUUAAAAUCUUCUCUUGGUUCCAAGUCUGAUGUUAUGAGUAACCUCAUGGGUCAUGGGAUUCAUGAAAGUGGUGGAACAAUGUUUGACGAUAAAGUAUCAUUGCUUCUAUUUGCUCUUUUGAAAGCAUUUCAAGCAGCUCCAAAUAGGCUGAUGACUGAGAAUGUCUAUACAACUCUGCUUGGGGCCUCGAUUAAUGCUUUAUCAACUGAGGAUGGCCUGAACUUUUAUGAUUUGGGUCAUCGCUUUGAACACCCUCAACUUCUGUUAAUCCUCCUCCGUUCUUUACCAUUUGCAUCUAAGGCUCUACAAAAACGAGCACUUCAGGAUCUUCGAUUUUUGGCUUGUAGCCAUCCGGAAAACAGGAGCAGUCUGACAAAAAUGGAUGAGUGGCCUGAGUGGAUCUUGGAGAUGUUGAUCUCAAACUACGAGAGAGAUGCAGGGAAACAAUCUGCUUCACCUGGUUCUACUGAGGUGGAAGAUAUGAUCCAUAACUUCUUGAUCAUAAUGUUGGAACAUUCAAUGCGCCAGAAAGAUGGUUGGAAGGAUAUUGAGGCUACAACUCAUUGUGCAGAAUGGCUCUCUAUUGUUGGAGGGUCUAGCACUGGACAGAAACGAAUUAGGCGUGAGGAAUCAUUGCCUAUUUUCAAAAGAAGGCUUCUUGGUGGAUUGCUUGACUUUGCUGCCACAGAACUACAAGCUCAGACUCAAGUAAUCGCUGCAGCAUCUGCUGGUUUCGCGGCAGAGAGUCUAGCACCAAAAGAUGCAAAAGCUGGAGUAGAAAACGCUGCUCAGCUGUCAGUGUUUCUAGUGGAAAACACAAUUGUGAUUUUGAUGCUUGUGGAAGAUCAUUUAAGACUACAAAGCAAACAUACCUGUGCUGCAAACGCAAUUGAUGUUUCUCCAUCUCCUCUUUCUCUUGUUUAUCCCAUUAACAACCGUCCAUACACAUUGACAACCGUGGGAGAAUCAUCAGAGGUUUCAAGCAGCCGUGCUUCAAUUUCCAGUGAUUCAGGAGGGGUCCAUCUAGAUAUACUUGCUUCAAUGGCCGAUGCAACUGGCCAACUAUCUACAGAAGUAAUGGAGCGUCUUGCUGCUGCAGCUGCAGCUGAGCCCUAUGAAUCUGUUUCAUGUGCCUUUGUAUCAUAUGGAAGCUGCACCAUGGACUUGGCUGAGGGUUGGAAGUACAGGAGUAGAUUGUGGUAUGGUGUUGGACUUCCUAAAACAACUUGUUUUGGUGGUGGUGGAAGUGGUUGGGACUCUUGGAAAGGUUCUUUACAAAAAGAUGCUCAUGGAAACUGGAUUGAACUUCCAUUGGUGAAAAAAUCAGUAUCCAUGCUUCAAGCAUUGCUGCUUGAUGAUUCUGGACUUGGGGGCGGGUUAGGAAUUGGUGGAGGAUCUGGUACUGGGAUGGGAGGAAUGUCAGCUCUAUACCAGUUGCUGGAUAGUGAUCAGCCUUUCUUAUGCAUGCUUAGAAUGGUGCUCUUGUCUUUGAGGGAAGAAGACCAUGGUGAAGAUAGUCUGUUGAUGAAAAAUUUAAGUUCUGAAGAUGGUUCUCCUGUCUCAUUAAAUAUCAGUUCUCAGAUAUCACCAUCAGCUUUAUUGUGGAGUGUUCUAUCUCCUUUCCUAAACAUGCCAAUCUCUAACUCAAAGAGGCAGAGAGUAUUGGUUACUACAUGUGUUCUAUAUUCUGAGGUAUGGCAUGCUGUGAGCAGAGACAAAAGGCCACUACGUAAGCAGUAUCUAGAAGCUAUAUUACCACCAUUUGUUGCAAUUCUCAGAAGGUGGCGACCUCUUUUAGCUAACAUUCAUGAACUUUCCACUGCUGAUGGUUUGAAUCCUCUUGUCGUCGAUGAUCGUGCCUUGGCUGCUGAUGCAUCCCCCAUUGAGGCGGCUCUCUCUAUGAUAUCUCCGGAAUGGGCAGCUGCUUUUGCCUCCCCUCCUUCUGCAAUGGCACUGGCCAUGAUAGCCGCAGGGACAGCUGGUUGGGAAGCUCCACCACCUCCAGCACCACCAGCAGCUCCAGCUCUUAGGCGAGACACUUCUCUGCUUGAGCGCAAGAGUGCCAAACUUCAGAGCUUUUCCAGCUUCCAGAACCCUUUGCAGGCUCCAAAGGAUUAUGGCACACCAAGCCGACCAAGAGAUAAGGCUGCUGCAAAAGCGGCUGCUCUGGCUGCAGCACGUGAUCUUGAACGUAGUUCCAAGAUUGGUACGGGGAGAGGUCUAAGUGCUGUUGCAAUGGCCACAUCUUCUCAGAGGAGGACUAUAAGUGAUAUGGAGCGUUUACAGAGAUGGAAUAUCUCUGAAGCUAUGGGAGUAGCAUGGAUGGAAUGUCUCCAGCCAGUGGAUACAAAAUCAGUUUAUGGAAAAGACUUUAAUGCUUUGUCCUAUAAGUUCAUUGCUGUACUUGUUGCAAGCUUUGCUUUAGCACGUAACAUGCAGAGAUCUGAGAUUGACAGGCGUAUACGAGAUGAUAAUAUAGUGAGGAACCGCUUAUGCAUGGGAGUACGUGGUUGGCGCAAACUAGUACGUUACUUGGUAGAGAUGAAAUGCUUCUUUGGACCCUUUGGAGACCAUAUAUGUAGUCCAAAACAUGUUUUUUGGAAACUGAAUUCUAUGGAAAGUUCUUCGAGGAUGAGACAGUGUUUAAAGAGGUAUUACACUGGUACUGAUCAUCAUGAGACAGCUGUAAACUAUGAUGAUCGGACAGACGAUAACUUGAGUUCUCCAUCAAAUGCAACUUUUUUUGCUGCUAAAGCAAUAUCAAUAUAUGAAGAUGAUGAACAUAAAGAUGAAGAUGAUCUUGAAAGUGUUGGAGAACACAAAGGGAAGAAUGAAGAGAGGAUGUCUGGUUCACUUGAGGAUGCAAUAGAACUGUCAACUGGUAUUAGUGAUCCUAGACCAUUGAGUGACCAGGACGUGGUUCAAAAUUCUAGAGAAGUAGUUCUCAAGGAACUUGAUGAAAGGAUCGUUCUUGAAGUUUCCUCUUCUAUGGUUCGACCAUUAAGGGUUGUGAAAGGAACCUUUCAGAUUACAACAAGGAGAAUAAAUUUUCUUCUUGACAUGAAUGAGGGCCAAGAUGUGGAUAGUAAGUCAGAUGGUUCAGAAUCAAGAGACCAAGAAAGAGAUCGUAGUUGGUUAAUGUCUUCUCUUCAUCAGAUUUAUAGCCGAAGAUAUAAACUGAGAAAGAGUGCUUUGGAAAUAUUUAUGGUUGAUCGGUCAAACUUCUUUUUUGACUUUGGGAACACUGAGGGAAGAAGUAAUGCAUAUAGGACUAUUGUUCAAGCACGGCCUCCACAUUUAAACAAUAUUUACCUGACAACUCAGAGGCCAGAACAACUUUUGAGAAGAACUCAGUUAAUGGAACGAUGGGCUAAAUGGGAGAUCAGCAACUUUGAGUACUUAAUGCAGCUUAACACGUUGGCUGGACGUAGUUAUAAUGACAUCACACAGUAUCCUGUUUUCCCAUGGAUUCUGUCUGACUAUAUAUCAGAAGUCUUGGACCUUACAAAUCCAUCUAGCUUUAGAGAUCUUUCCAAGCCAAUUGGUGCAUUGAACCCAGAGCGGUUAAAGAAAUUUCAAGAACAAUAUUCGAACUUUGAAGAUCCAGUCAUCCCCAAGUUCCACUAUGAUUCACAUUACUCAAAUGCUGGAGCAGUGUUGCAUUAUCUAGCUAGAGUAGAACCUUUUACAACACUUUCAGUUCAACUGCACGGUGGAAAGUUCGAUCAGGCGGACAAAAUGUUUUCAGACAUUGCAGCCACCUGGAAAGGAGUCCUCCAAGACAUGAAUAAUGUGAAAGAGCUGGUUCCAGAGUUGUUUUACCUUCCAGAGGUGUUGACCAACGAGAAUCAUACAAAGCUUGGUACUGUAAAACUUCCUCCUUGGGCUAAAACCCCUGUUGACUUUGUACACAAGCAACGAAUGGCUCUUGAGAGUGAUCAUGUCUCUGCACAUUUGCAUGAAUGGAUUGAUCUCAUUUUCGGGUAUAAGCAACGUGGUAAGGAAGCUAUAAUGUCAAAUAAUGUUUUCUUCUACACUACAUACGAAGGGACUGUUGAUAUUGACAAGAUCAAGGAUCCUGUACAACAACGAGCUAUUCAGGACAAGAUAGCUUACUUUGGACAGACACCUUCCCAGCUUUUGACUUUGCCUCACGUCAAAAGAAUGCCUCUGAAAGAUGUCCUUCACAUGCAGACAAUCUUUAGGAAUCCAAAAGAGAUAAAACCGUAUCCAGUUACAGCUCCAGAGCACUGCAACUUACCAGCCGCAGCUAUCAAGGCAUCUUCUGAUAACGUUGUGGUCGUUGACAUGAAUGGUCCUGCGGCACAUAUUGCACAGCACAAGUGGCAACCAAACACACCUGAUGGUCAGAGUACUCCUUUCAUAUUUCAUCACGCAAAGGAGGCUUCAACUGGCGUUACGUUGAUACGCAUGUUCAAGGGUGAUUCUGAAUAUCCUCAAGCACAGGCUUUUGGAUCAUCAGGUGUCAGAAGUUCGUCUGUCACUGCUAUUACAAGCGACGGAGAGAUUAUCACUGGUGGACAUGUGGAUAAUAGCAUCAAGCUAGUCUCAUCUGAUGGAGCCAAAACACUAGAAACAGCUUUUGGUCACUGUGCUCCUGUAACAUGUCUAGCUUUGUCUCCAGACAGUAACUUUCUUGUGACAGGUUCAAGAGAUACAACUCUUUUGAUGUGGAGGUUUCACAAGGGACUCACUUCUAAGACAAGUGAGUCCCAACAGACAAAAAGCUCUGAGACACCUUCCUCCGCAAACAACACUUUGGCGAACAAAGCUAAAAAGCGUCGCAUUGAAGGGCCUAUACAAGUGCUCCAUGGCCACUUAAGAGAAGUAACAUGUUGCUGUGUUAGCUCAGAUCAUGGAAUAGUUGUUUCUUCCUCUGAAUCACCGGAUGUUCUAGUGCAUUCCAUAAGAAAAGGUCGACUAAUAAGACGGCUUAUUGGCGUCAAGGCUCAUGUUCUCUGCAUCUCUUCUGCUGGAGUUAUAGUGGUUUGGAGUAGAUCAGAAAGUACUAUCAGCUCGUUUACCAUCAAUGGUGUUCUCAUCUCAAAAGCGAAACUUACUUCAUCUUGUACUAUAAGCUGCAUGGAACUAUCCAUGGAUAGCCAGAAUGUUGUGAUUGGCGUGAACUCGUUGUCCUACACUGGUGAAGAAGAUUCAUCAUGUGGAGCCAAUACAAUUAACAUACUGGACGUUCCAUCUCCUUCAAUAUGCUUCCUCAACUUAUACACUCUCAAGGUAUUCCAUGUGAUGAAGCUUGGUAAAGGGCAGAAUAUAACAGCAAUGGCUCUGAACAUAGACAACACGAACCUCUUAGUUUCUACUGAAGAUAAACAGUUGAUCAUCUUCACCAACCCAGCUAAUCAAAUUGCUUCUAGUUGA